AUGAAGUUCAAUUUCGCUGCCGUAUUUUCAACCCUACUUAUUGCCAACACAUUGGCAGCUCCAUUGUCACGAGCACUUACUAAAGAUAAAGAAAUGAAAAUGGAAACGAAUUCUGUUGUAUGGGGCACGAAAAGGGAAGCCAAAGCUAUUGAAGAGAGUGCAAGAAGUUCUAAAGAUAUAAAGUACAUUGCUGCUAUAUCACAGGAUGCUGCUUCUAAGAAAAGAGCUGUUACUGGCGUGAAGGAAGUUUUUUAUAAUCCAAAGGAUGAAGCUAUGGAGAAAAGAGCCGUUACUGGUUUGAAGGAAGUUACUGGUGUGAAGGAAGUUUUUGAUAAUCCAAAGGAUGAAGCUAUGGAGAAAAGAGCCGUUACUGGUUUGAAGGAAGUUACUGGUGUGAGGAAAGUUUCUGCUGAAUCAAAGGAUGCUGCUCUUAAGAAAAGAGCCAUUACUGGUGUGAAGGAAGUUACUGGUGUGAGGAAAGUUUCUGCUGAAUCAAAGGAUGCUGCUCUUAAGGAAAGAGCCAUUACUGGUGUGAAGGAAGUUACUGGUGUGAAGAAAGUUUCUGCUGAAUUAAAGGAUGCUGCUCUUGAGAAAAGAGCCGUUACUGGUAUGAAGGAAGUUACUGGUGUGAAGAAAGUUUCUGCUGAAUUAAAGGGUGCUGCUCUUAAGAAAAGAGCCGUUACUGGUUUGAAGGAAGUUACUGGUGUGAAGAAAGUUUCUGCUGAAUUAAAGGGUGCUACUCUUAAGGAAAGAGCUGCUCCUGCGAAUGACCUUUUUAUUAAAUCAAAGGAUGCUGCUCUUAAGGAAAGAGCUGCUCCUGCGAAGGACAGUUCUCAUACGCCAGAGCGUUAUCAAGAAUUCGAAAAGACUUUUUAA